AUGGAGACGGUGACGAAGCUGUCGUCCGAGAAAGCGGUGGUGAUCUUCACCAUGAGCAACUGCCCGAUGAGCCACUCGGUGACGAGCCUCUUCUCGAGCCUCGGCGUGGGCGCCGCGGUCCACGAGCUGGACAAGGACCCACGCGGCCGCGACAUGGAGCGCGACCUCGCAAGACGCCUUGGGCGUACGCCGCCCGUCCCGGUAGUCUUCAUCGGCGGCAAGCUCGUCGGCUCCACCGACAGGAUCAUGUCCUUGCAUCUCAGCGGGAAGCUCGUGGUCAUGCUCAAGGCCGCAGGAGCCAUGUGGCUCUGA